UGAUCCUUUCUUCUUACUUGCGUUUGUAUACCCCUCUAGCAAUUUCUUCUUGAUUAGACAGAUUGCACUGCAGACACCCCCCUCUUUGAUUGAUUUGAGCCUGUGCUGAUGCAAUUCCGAACGGAAAUGGAGAAUUUCCUUUCGUCGCUUUACCUUUUGACCAAAAAUAGGAUCAAUGCUUCAAAGGGAGUGGAGAUAUGAUUUAGCUUUGAAUUAUGAUAUAGUCACAUGCACAUGCAAUCGACACACACAAGAAGGGCGUCUUUUAGAACGAUGUGCUAGGAAGAUUUGUCUUUUGUUAAUCAGUGCGGGCGUUGAAUCAAUAUUCGAGCGGCACGAUCCUACAAAUAGAGUGACGGCGUACCGGGAUGAUAUUUCUCGCGCUGUUGCACACUUGAACGCUUGGACCGCUUCUACCCUUUCCCUUUUUGUUGUAUUGAUCACAAUGGCACUGCACUUCAACUCUUAGAGAAGCUGUGAUAAUUGAUGUGCUUUUAGACUGAUAAGCGAAAG